AAUGAUUCAAAAGCUGAGCCGAUUAUUGUAAAUGGGAAUUCAAUCCCCGAGACCAAGACUAUAUCAACAGAGAAUGGAAGCCUGCCUGAAUCUCAGGAUAAGGAUGUUCUUGUGGAAGGUCUUGGCUCUAUUGUUGUCUAUGAUCAGUGGAUUUCACCCCCUGUAUCUGGUCUUCGCCCAAAAGCACGAUAUGAGCAUGGAGCAGCAGUUAUUCAGGACAAGAUGUAUAUUUUUGGAGGAAACCACAAUGGUCGCUAUCUCAAUGAUCUUCAU